AUGGGGACACCCACCAGCCAUGGGGACACCCAGUGUACUAGGAACAGCCAUGGGGACACCCAGUGUACUAGGAACAGCCAUGGGGACACCCAGUGUACUAGGAACAGCCAUGGGGACACCCAGUGUACUAGGAACAGCCAUGGGGACACCCAGUGUACUAGGAACAGCCAUGGGGACACCCAGUGUACUAGGAACAGCCAUGGGGACACCCAAAUGACUGUGGACAGCAAUGGGAACACCCAGAGUACUGUGAACAGCAAUGGGAACACCCAGAGUACUGUGGACAGCAAUGGGAACACCCAGAGUACUGUGGACAGCAAUGGGAACACCCACAGUACUGUGGACAGCAAUGGGAACACCCAGAGGACUGUGGACAGCAAUGGGAACACCCAGUGUACUAGGAACAGCCAUGGGGACACCCAAAAGACUGUGGACAGCAAUGGGAACACCCAGAGUACUGUGAACAGCAAUGGGAACACCCAGAGUACUGUGGACAGCAAUGGGAACACCCACAGUACUGUGGACAGCAAUCGGAACACCCAGAGGACUGUGGACAGCAAUGGGAACACCCAGUGUACUAGGAACAGCCAUGGGGACACCCAAAAGACUGUGGACAGCAAUGGGAACACCCAGAGUACUGUGAACAGCAAUGGGAACACCCAGAGUACUGUGAACAGCAAUGGGAACACCCAGAGUACUGUGAACAGCAAUGGGAACACCCACAGUACUGUGGACAGCAAUGGGAACACCCAGAGUACUGUGAACAGCAAUGGGAACACCCACAGUACUGUGGACAGCAAUGGGGACACCCAAAAGACUGUGGACAGCAAUGGGAACACCCAGAGUACUGUGGACAGCAAUGGGAACACCUAG